GAAGUCGGAGCCGGUCGCAGCGGCCACGGGCUGGCGGCGAGUGCUGUGGGUCACGUCAGGAGUUUGGGGUUCCCCGGGAUCAGCCCAUGCCGAGCGCACGGCUCCUGGUGCUCUUCGGCAGCCAAACGGGCACAGCCCAGGAUGUGUCGGAGAGGCUGGGCCGCGAGGCCCGGCGCCGGCAGCUCAGCUGCCGGGUGCAAGCCCUGGACUCCUACCCGGUGGUGAACCUGAUUAAUGAGCCCCUGGUGAUAUUUGUUUGUGCAACUACAGGCCAAGGAGACCCCCCGGACAACAUGAAGAGUUUCUGGAGGUUCAUCUUCCGGAGGAGCCUGCCGUCCACUGCCCUCUGUCAGAUGGACUUUGCUGUCCUGGGUCUCGGGGACUCGUCUUACACCAAGUUCAACUUCGUGGCCAAGAAGCUGCACCGCCGGCUGCUGCAGCUCGGGGGCAGCGCCCUCCUGCCCGUGUGCCUGGGCGAUGACCAGCACGAGCUGGGGCCCGACGCCGCCAUCGACCCCUGGCUGCAGGAUCUGUGGGAGAAGGUGCUGGGGCCGCACUCUGUGCCUCUGAACCUCGACCUGAGCCCUCCUGGAGUCCCUUGGCCCUCCAGGUUCACCCUGCAGUUCCUCACGGACACCCCCAGCUCGGGCCCCGAGGAGCUGUGUGUGGCCGGAACAGACCCUCAGGGACCCCCUUCAGAACUCCAGCCGUUCCUGGCACCCAUGGUCAGCAAUCAGAGGGUCACGGGGCCCUCGCACUUCCAGGAUGUGCGGCUGAUUGAGUUCGACAUCUCGGGCUCUGGGAUCAGCUUUUCAGCCGGAGACGUGGUGCUGAUCCAGCCCGAGAACACAGCCAGCCACGUCCAGCAGUUCUGCCAGGCGCUGGGCCUGGACCCCGAGCAGCACUUCACGCUGCAGCCCCGGGAGCCGGGUGAGCCUCGGAGGCCGCGGCGCUCGCACACUGCACUCCCCACUGUGCUCCCCCAUUGUGGGCAGGAGCUGGGGGAGUGCCUGGGCCUGGGCCAGGGCCCGGGGGAGCUCCUGGGGCCCACAGGACAGCCCCCGGGGAGGCCCUGGAGGUGCCACGGCUCCCUGCUGCUGUCCCCCCAGGUGUUGUGCGACUUCCCCCACACGGCUGCUGCCGUCCCCCCAGACUACCUGCUGGACCUGGUGCCCCUGAUCCGGCCCCGGGCCUUCUCCAUCGCCUCCUCUCUGCGGGCCCACCCCUCGCGGCUGCAGAUCCUGGUGGCCGUGGUGCAGUACCAGACCCACCUCCGGGAGCCCCGCCGUGGCCUCUGCUCCAGCUGGCUGGCGUCCCUGGACCCUGUGCAAGGACCUGUCCGGGUGCCCCUGUGGGUGCGGUCUGGGGGCCUGACAUUCCCAAAGACGCCAGGCGUGCCCGUGAUCAUGGUGGGGCCCGGCACCGGUGUAGCCCCCUUCCGAGCGGCCAUCCAGGAGCGAGUGGCCCAGGGCGAGACCGAAAACGUGCUGUUCUUCGGCUGCCGCCGGCAGGACCAGGACUUCUUCUGGGAGGCCGAGUGGAAGCAGCUGCAGGCAAGGGGCUGCCUGACUCUGGUUACGGCCUUCUCCCGAGAGCAGGAGCAGAAGGUGUACGUGCAGCACCGGCUCCGCGCGUUUGGGCCGCUGGUGUGGGAGCUGCUGGAGGGCCGGGGCGCCCACUUCUACCUGGCAGGCAACGCCAAGUACAUGCCAGCCGAUGUGUCCAACACCCUGCUGUCCAUCUUCCGGGAGGAGGGCGGGCUCUCUGGCCCCGAUGCGGCCACCUACCUCGCCCAGCUGCAGCGGACACUGCGUUUCCAGACUGAGACGUGGGCCUGAAGGGCCAUCCUGCUGUUGGUCGCAGCCACCCUGCCCGACGCUCUCUGGGGGCUAUUGUUGGCUCUCGCCCUGUCUGCUCCCAGCUGGGAGGGUGGUCAGCUCGCCUGCACAGACUUCAGCAGUAGGAGGUGGCCCUGGGCAGCACACACCUGCCCUCCCAGUUCCAGGAAAGCCUCAGCAAUAAACGCCGGGCUCUUGGUG